AUGGAGGACAUCCCGGAGGAUAACCCAUCAAGCCAGGACGACUCCCAACCGCGUCGUCCGGUCUCAGAACACCGUGAAGCCACAAACCAAGCAAAAAUAGCAAGUACCAUCCACCACGCAGACGAACACGUCACGACGGACCCACAACAUCCCGAGAAAACCAGGGACAAAGCGGCACAAAUCAUCCAGGAUCUUUGUCUCCGGGUCCAAGAACUUGAAGGCAAACUAAACAACAGAGAAAAACACAAUAACGAGCAUGGAAGCCAUGCAACUUCCAGGUCAAAGUCCCACCAAGGCAGAUCGCCAAUUCGGCAACACAAUAGGAGAGAUGAUCGCAGCACCUCACGCAACCGCAGACGCGAGAAAUCACCCGAACGAAGAUACGACAAGAAACACCAUCGCAGCGCUUCUCGGGAUCUAAAUCGUCAACAUGAUUCAGAUGAAGACCGGAGAUACCGAAGCACCAAACGCACGAGAAGCGACCAUACCAUAAUGGGAGCUACACCCUUCACGGAAGAAAUCUUAAGAGCAAAACUCCCCAGAGGUUUUGACAAACCCACCGACAUGAAGUAUGACGGAACCAAAGACCCUCAAGAGCACCUAACGGCCUUCGAGGCCAGAAUGAACUUAGAAGGAGCAUCCGACGCAGUACGAUGCCGAGCCUUCCCAGUAACCCUUGCCGGCCCAGCGAUCAAAUGGUUCAACGCCCUCCCGAACGGAUCCAUAACUAGCUUCCACGACAUCACAAGAAAAUUCAUGGCCCAGUUCACAACCCGAAUCACCAAGGCCAAACACCCCAUCAGCCUGUUAGGGGUCACACAAAGGCAAGAAGAAUCCACGAGAAAAUACCUCGACCGCUUCAACGACGAAUGCCUGACGGUCGACGGACUCACGGACUCCGUUGCCAGCCUCUGCCUAACUAACGGACUCAUGAAUGAAGACUUUCGCAAACAUCUCACCACCAAACCAGUGUGGACCAUGCACGAAAUCCAGAACGUCGCCAAAGAUUACAUCAACGACGAGGAAGUCAGCCAGGUCAUCGCUGCCAACAAACGGCAGCACGUCGCAACCCAACACAGCAACCCGACUCCCCGUCAUAACGCACCACCCAAAGAGAACCAACGAGACCACCUUAAACCGACCCACCGACCACCAAGAAUAGGAAAAUUCUCCAACUACACUCCCCUAACAGCACCAAUUACGGAGGUAUACCACCAAAUAGCAUAUCGAGGCAUCAUCCCCAGAGCCCGACCACUCAAGGAAAGGACAGGAGGAAACAAAACCCUCUACUGCGACUAUCACCGCGGAUACGGCCACGAAACACAAGAUUGUUACGAUCUUAAAGACGCACUUGAGCAGGCCAUACGGGACGGCAAACUCCCCGAGUUCGUCAAAAUCAUCAGAGAACCAAGGCGCACCGACAGAGACAAAUCACCAGAAAGAGAAGGACGCAACCCAAGAACCCAAAAACCACCCAGGGAAAACACCGAAGAAGAUCCGACCAUCAUAGUGAACGUCAUCACGGGCAAGGACGUGCCAAAUAAGUCAAAACUAACAAUGAAAAAAGACCUCAAGAUAAUGGCCGUCAAAAACCACGACCCAGUCACCUUUGCCGACAGCACGAUAACCUUCCUACCCGAGGACUGCCAGCACGGCACCUCGGCCGGAGAUGCCCCCUUCGUCAUAUCAGCCCGAAUCGGAACAGGACUAGUAAGAAGAAUACUCGUGGACACGGGUGCCGACUCCAACAUCCUCUUCCGAGGAGCCUUCGACAAACUCGGGCUCCGCAACGACAGCCACCAAACGCAUCGCCACGGCGUCACGGGCCUCGGAGAUAACUUCCUCAAACCAGACGGCUCGGUUACUCUCCCCAUCACCAUAGGAACAAGCAACCAGAGAAAGACGAUCCUAUCCGAAUUCGUCGUCCUAAAAGACUCCACAGCCUAUAACGUCAUUCUCGGGAGAAAAACAAUCAACGACUUCUCGGCAGUCAUCUUCACCAAAUACCUUCUCAUGAAAUUCAAAGCCGAAGACGGCACCAUUGGAACUAUUCACGGAGACCGAGAAAUUGCAGCCGAAUGCGACAACAAUAGCUUAGCCCUAAGGAAAAAAUCCCAAGACGCGGCCGGAAUAUUCCUUGCCGACCUAGACGCACGGCUUGAUGGCCAACCUAGACCGGAACCAGAAGGGGACAUGGAAAAACUACAAAUAGGGCCAACCAAAGAUGAAUACACGUUCAUCAACAGAAACCUCCCACACGACCUCAAAGAAGAACUCUCGCAACUUCUGAAACAAAACAGAGACCUAUUCGCAUUCACACCAGCCGAUAUGCCGGGAAUAAGUCCCGACCUGAUGUCUCACCACCUGGCAGUAGACCCCCUAGCCAAACCCGUGGCGCAAAGAAGACGGAAAAUGUCACCAGACCGAGCCGCCGAGGUCCAAAAACAAGUAAAAGCCCUACUCGAAGCCAACUUCAUCCGAGAACUCCCUUACACGACCUGGCUAGCCAACGUCGUACUAGUUAAAAAGUCUAACGGGAAGUGGCGAAUCUUCAUGGACGCAUAUUCCGGCUACAACCAGAUCCCGAUGCACCGACCAGACGAAGAAAAGACAGCAUUCAUCACCCCAGACGGAACCUACUGCUAUAAAGUAAUGCCCUUCGGCUUGAAAAACGCCGGAGCCACCUACCAGCGACUCGUUAACAAGAUAUUUCGCAACUUAACCGGAAACAAAAUAGAAGUCUACAUCGAUGAUAUGCUCGCCAAAACGGAAUCCGGUGAGCAACUAACCGACGAUCUAAAGGUCAUAAUGAACACCUUGCGAAAGCACCAAAUGCGACUCAACCCAACAAAGUGCGCUUUCGGAAUGGAAGCAGGAAAAUUCCUCGGAUUCAUGAUCACACAACGCAGAGUUGAGGCAAACCCGGAAAAAUGCCGUGCCGUCCUCGAGAUGACAAGUCCCAAGAACCUCAAAGAUAUCCAAAAGCUCACCGGCCGACUAACCGCACUAUCCCGGUUCCUCGGAGCCUCGGCACAAAAGGUCCUAACAGAACCUCCAAUCCUCGCAAAACCUCAAACAGGGGAAACACUAUACUUGUACCUCUCCAUAACGGAAGAAACAAUCGCAGCAGCACUCGUCCGGGAAAACGAGAAAAAGGAACAAAAGCCCAUAUACUUCAUAAGCAAGGUGCUACAAGACACGGAAGCCCGUUAUUCACGACUAGAAAAACUGGCUUUCGCACUCCUCUCGGCAUCCCGACGACUACGACAAUACUUCCAGGCCCACCCCAUAACGGUCCGAACCGACCAAACGGUCAAACAAGUAUUACAAAAACCCGACCUAGCAGGAAGAAUGCUAGCAUGGUCCAUCGAGUUAUCCCAAUUCCAGAUCAGGUUCGAGCCCCGAAAUGCCAUCAAAGCACAAGCCUUGACCGACUUCAUCGCCGAAAUGACUCCGACCAAGCUGACACCCGAACCAUGGAAACUGCACGUCGAUGGCUCAUCAAACUCCACUCACGGAGGCGCCGGAAUUAUACUCGAAAACCAAAAUGGGAUCACAAUUGAACAAUCAAUAAGAUACGACUUUCCAGUAUCAAAUAACCAAGCAGAAUACGAGGCCCUUUUGGCAGGCCUAAACCUAGCUCGGGAAGUCGGCGCCAAGGUACUCGAAGUUAACACCGAUUCCCAGGUGGUAUGCUCCCAAAUCAACGGGAGCUACCAAACCCGGGACCCCCUGCUCCAACAAUACCUCAAAAAAGUAAGUGAAACAAAAGAAGGAUUCGAAAAUGUCUCCAUACAUCACGUCCCCAGGGAGCGAAACGCCAGGGCGGAUCUACUUUCCAAGCUAGCCAGCACGAAGUCAGGACACGGCAACAGAUCGCUAAUCCAGGAGGUCGUUAAGUCGCCUUCCGUAUCAACGGAAAUCAACGCACACCUAACAUCCUCAAAUCGGGAAUCUUGGACAUACCCGAUCUUGCAAUAUCUCCGCGACGGAAUCCUACCACCAGAUCCGAAAGAAGAGAGGAAAAUAAAAAGAGAAGCCGCUAACUACACCAUCAUAGCAGGACAGCUAUACAAACGCGGAUUCUCGCAGCCCCUACUUAAAUGUGUAGAACCCGAGGACACGGAAUACAUACUCCGCGAGAUCCACGAAGGCUGCUGCGGUCACCACAUCGGAGGAAAAACGCUAGCCCAAAAAAUCAUCAGGGCCGGCUAUUUCUGGCCCACAAUCAUUCGAGAUUCCAUACAACUCACAAAAAGCUGCGACAAAUGCCAAAAGCAUGCCAAUAUCCACCAAGCCGCCCCACACCAACUCAGCGUUAUAUCGGCUGAACGGCCAUUCGGCAGUUGGGGAAUCGACCUCGUCGGGCCCUUCCCCACGGCACCCGGCCAACUUAGAUAUCUCAUCGUCGCCAUAGAUUACUACACCAAAUGGAUUGAAGCCGAACCCCUGGCCUCCAUCACGGCAACCCAAUGCCGGAAAUUCGUCUGCUCGGUAGAACAUCCCCAAACAAACGGACAGGUGGAAUCCGCCAACAAAGUUAUCGUCAAAGGACUCAAGAAACGACUUGACGAAGCCAAGGGAUUAUGGGCAGACGAGUUGGGAUCAGUCCUAUGGUCAUACCGAACAACACCCCAAACGAGCACGGGAGAAACGCCCUUCCGACUAACAUACGGCGUAGAAGCUGUCAUCCCGGUAGAAAUCGGGGACCCCAGCCCCAGAAAAACGGUUGGAGGUAACGACGAAGAAGCAGAACGAGACCUCAUAGACGAAGCAAGAAGCAUAGCCCACGUCAAAGAAUUAGCACUCAAACAAAGGAUCAGCCUAAGGUAUAAUCACGGCGUCAUCCGACGAGAAUUCGCGGACAACGACCUCGUCCUACGACGAAAAGAUAUCGGCCUCCCGACCCCAGGAGAAGGAAAGCUCGCACCCAACUGGGAAGGACCAUACAGAGUCAAGGCCGUAAUAGGAAAAGGAGCGUAUAAACUCGAACGACUAGACGGCAGCGAAAUACCAAGAACUUGGAACGCAGCCAACCUACGAAGAUACUAUACUUAA